AACUUCCGAGCCGUUGCUGUCGCUACCUCCGCCGCCUCAAAUCGGACCCGGAGAAGAGAUACGUGUUCUCAAAUGGCUUCGGGCUACCGAAAACCCACUCCUUCCGCCAGCCAAAGGAAAACGGCAGGUCCGACACCGGAGCUGACCGAGGAGCAAAAGCAGGAGAUCAGGGAAGCGUUUGACCUCUUUGACACCGAGUGCACAGGCACGCUGGACGUGAAGGAGCUGAAGGUUGCCAUGCGAGCUCUUGGCUUUGAGCCCAAGAAGGAGGAAAUAAAGAAGAUGAUCGCAGACGUGGACACAGAAGGCUCUGGGAAAAUCAACUUCAGUGAAUUUCUCUGCAUGAUGACACAAAAAAUGAGUGAAAAGGAUUUCACAGAAGAAGCACUAAAGGCUUUCCGCUUGUUCGAUGAUGACUGCACAGGGAAAAUCUCCUUCAAAAACCUAAAGAGAGUCGCAAAGGAGCUGGGUGAAAGCAUGACAGAUACAGAACUGCAGGACAUGAUAAACGAGGCGGACCGAGACGGCGACGGAGAGAUCAACGAGCAGGAGUUCAUGAGGAUCAUGAAGAAGACCAAUCUGUACUGAGCGUUGCCAUUUUCAUCUCAAUCCACUUUCUUCACUGGUGUGGGGACCCCUUUUCUAAGACUUUUACCCUGUCAAGGCUGAUUUAUACAGACGCUUCAUAUAUAUUCAGUUUUUAAAUGAUUUCAUACUUGUUUGUACAAUGGAAGAAAAAUAAAUGUAUUCAGCAUAGUCGGUUUGUGGUUUGAACAUGCGCUAUUUGAUUUUCUCAAGCACAAUAUUGCGACUUUGCCAAAUUGCAAGGAUUUGUAAAUUCAUUUCAGGUUUAUUCAGAUUUUCUUUUCUGAACGGCCCGAAUUUUCUAUCCUUCCCCAUACAAACAAGUCUGUCGGUCUUGGACAGGGCGCUGUAUUCAGUGUCUGAGUGAAAUCAGACCAAUAUGCAGCAGCCUACACUGCAAGGAAUCGCAAGCCAGCAGUGGGUGAAUGUUAGACAGCAGCAACAGUGAAAGUAAAGUCAACGCAAUGGUAGAAAUGACUUGUGCGAACAGGAGAUGAGUAACUUAGUAAAAGUGAUUUCUUGUACGGCUCCGUGUUUAUAAAUGCUUUCGCCCGUGCUGUAGUCACAGUGAAGAUGAUGGGGCCACCGUCGGUGUAACAGACAGCGAAAAUCUGGUUUCGGUCCAAACCUCCGUACCUUGUCAAAAUAAACAGGAUAUCACAGUGACGUCUUUUUCCGAGUCCGUCUGAUGGCUGGAUGUUAUCUUUUGAGGACGCUGGCUGUUUACUGUGAAAGCUGAGAAACCCAUUCAAGGGAACACGACAUGGAACAUAUGAGGACUUUGGUUCCAAGCUGAGAUAUCAGAUAUUUGACAGAUGUACUCUUGAAGAGAUGAUUGAUCAUAUCUGUAAUCACAUAAUGAAGCA